ACAGGAACGGCGUUAUCCACAAAGGCCACGAUCUGCGCAACGGCGCCGUCAAAAACCCCGUUGUUGAGCGUCCGUCAUUGUUAACAGAGUUAGGACCACCACGAUGGCAUAAAACAAAUCCGAACCGUUCAACGGAAUCAAUCUCCUUCCCACCUUCGUCUCCCUCAUUUUCUCUCUCCGGAAUCAACAGAAUAAGAGAAAAUUAUGGGAAAGUAUAUCAGGAAAUGUAAAGGGAUCGGGGAAGUUGCAGUGAUGGAGGUGGCUCAGGUGGCCGGUGUGAAGACCAGAGCGAGAGCUCUUGCCAUGGCGGCUGCUGCAGACAGCUCAGGGACAGUGAAGAGGAGGAAAGUCAGUGGUGGUGGGGAAUUGAAGUUCGCUUCGUCGUACGAACAGCUCAAGAAUCGCCGUGGCCUCGUGAUUUCGCCGGAGAAUUCGGUUUCCGAGGCACCGUCGGGAAAUUCUGGACGAGUGGUGGCGGAGGAGGAUCAGUGUUCCAGUCCUAGCUCGGAUCACGUGUCGGCGUCGUGCUGCUCCAGUAACGGAUCAAGCGAGCUAGUGAAGGAGAGAUUGAAAUUCGCAGAUCUGGAGGAGGAGAGUGUAGAAAUUGAAACGUCCGCAUAUUCCGACUGCAGAGAAAGCAGGAGAGAAACGACGCCGUCGAGUGAGCUUCGUGCAGAAUCUGACGACCUGGAGUCAACGGCUAGACCAUCGGAGGCGAAUUACCGCCACAGAUCAACGGUGGAGAAGAUGCCGUCGGAGUCGGAGCUCGAAGAAUUCUUUGCUGCCGCCGAAAAAGACGUCCAGAAACGAUUUUCAGAAAAGUACAAUUAUGAUAUCGUCAAAGACGUGCCAAUGGAAGGACGUUACGAGUGGGUUAGAUUAAAGCCAUGAAGCCACAAAAACACAAGCAAUGGCAAUGGCUCCCUGAAUUAUUUUCAGGUCUAAUAAUUUAAUUAUUUCUCUCUUUUCUAGCUUCUUUAUCCUUCAUGUAUAGCUCUUCAUCGGUAAGAAGAAGCUCCGUUUAAUUUGUUCUGAGCGGGUUAUACACGGAGAAGCUUCUGAAACCCCCCUGUGGAAGAACAAACGAUUCAAUAACAAGUGUUAUUUCGUUUAACAUCUGAUAAGCCUGCUCCUCUGGUACGAUCAUAGGAAUCGGUCAGUAAUUUUAGUUUUUUUUUCUUUUCUUUUUCUUUUUCCUUUUCUUCUUACAGAGGAAAAAGCUUGUUUUUGUUGAUUUGUUAUAAGUCAUUUUCCUAUUUAAUUAUGAUUCUUUUGGCGAUAUUUAUGAAAUAUCGCGAGAUA